ACAUCUCUGUAUGCCACCAUCAGUGCUAUUCCAGGUCGUGUUAUUGUUUCUGCAGUUGGCACAUUCAGCGCUUUGAACAAGCUGCGUGAUUUGCUCUCCGUCCGAUCCACCGUCUGUUCGUCUUCAGAUGACCGAGGAGAAAAUGCGGUUGAUUGCAGACUUACUGUGGAACGUCUGAAGAAGCUCGAUUAG